AUGAAAGAAAUAAUUGCUGAAGAGGUAGGAAAGUCAAUUGAAGGCAGUCUAUCCGGGUUUAUAGACAAGAUUCAAAGCACGGUGUUAUCGCUCGUAGAAGAACGAGUUAAAAGGUUGGAGGAUACUGUCAACCUUAUGAAAGACAAAACUGGAGAACGCAAAGGGUGUUCGUACAAGGAAUUUAUGGCGUGUAAACCGCCAAUCUACAACGGGGAGGUUGACCCGAUAAUUUGUCAAAGAUGGAUAAGUGAUAUUGAAGGGGUGUUUGAACGGACCCAUUGUGAAGUAGGCGACUUUGUCGCCUACGGAACGGGUCAAUUGAGGAACCAAGCUAAAGAUUGGUGGGAUAACAAAAAGAAGGAAAUGGGAGCCGAAGCGGCGAGGGUUAUGACUUGGGACGAGUUUAAAGUACCAUUCCUUAAACACCACAGUCCCAAAGCGGUUAUCAAUAGAAUCAAAGAAGAAUUCAUCCAGCUGAGACAAAAGGGUGAAACAAUCGAUAAGAUCACGGGCAUCUUUAUGGAUAAGCUCAGAUUUUGUGACGAGUUAGUCACCACUGAAGAACAAAAGAUAUAUUACUAUUACAACAUGCUGAGUGCUGAGUACCGGGAAUUUAUGACUCCGUUAAAAUACGAAACCCUCACGGAGAUUAUCAACACCGCCCGGGAACGGGAAAUCGAGUUAAAGAAACAAGUGGAAAGAGGUGAGCGAAGGGCACAUGAUGUGAAUCCAAGCCCUACAAAGAAAGCCCGAACGGGAGAAUCGGGAAAGAAGGUGGUUGUUAAAGGUGGGUCGCCAAGUUGCAAAAUCUGCGGGAAGGGACACAAGGGGGAGUGUCGAUUCAAAGACAAGCCAUGCCCCAUAUGUAAUAAGACGGGGCACACGGCCUCGCUAUGCCCGGGAAAAGUAUCAGUGUGCUACAAUUGCUAUCAACCCGGCCACAAAAAGUCCGAAUGCCCGGACUUAGUUGGAAAGAGAGAUGCUAAGGAGUCUCCAGCAGAAGCCCCCAAAGCGAAGGCUAGGUCCUUCCAACUUACUGCAGCUGAAGCAAAAACAGAACCCGAUGUGGUUUCAGCCAUGGUUAUAAUGAUUUUGUUGUUAUUGCUGAUUUUGGUUACAACUUAUUUCCUUUUCCAUCAUAAGAAGUAUAACAGUCAACUACCACCUGGUUCGUUGGGACCGCCGGUGAUAGGGCAAAGCCUCAGCCUUUUAAAGGCCUUGAAGGCUGACAGGAUCGAAAAAUGGUUUCAAGAAAGAAUAACAACCCAUGGUCCGGCUUGGAAAGCAAGUCUUUUUGGAUACCCGACGGUUGUUUUGCAUGGUCCAAGUGCAAAUAAGUUCAUAUACACUUGUGAUGGGAACCUACUCUCCAACACACAACCACCAUCACUCUCUAGGAUCUUUGGUUCCAAAAAUAUAUUGGAGUUGUCCGGAAAUGAUCACAAACGAGUCAGAGCGGCCAUAGUUUCAUUUCCUAAGGUUGAAGUGUUGAAGCAAUAUGUUGCCAAAGUAGAUGAAGAAAUCCGACACCAUCUACAAACUCAUUGGCAUGGUAAACAUGAGGUCCAGGUACAACCCUUGAUGAAGACCUUAACGUUCAAUAUGAUUUGCUCUCUUCUUUUUGGGAUUGAAAGAGGACCCCAAAGAGAAAAAAUGUUACCACUUUUCCAGUAUAUGAUGGGAGGUGUGUUAUCAAUUCCAAUCAAUUUGCCUUUCACCAAAUACAAUCGUGCGAUUAUGGCAAGGAAGAAACUUGUGCCGAUGAUUUUGCAUCUUAUACACGAGAAGAGGGAUGCACUUAAGGAACAAACUAAACAAGGCGAUCCUCAUAAAGAUCUAAUCACUUCGUUGCUUAGCAUUCGUGAUGAUGAUGGAUCAAAAAUGAUGUCUGAAGAGGAGAUCAUAGACAACGCUAUUACUGUGAUGAUUGCAGGACAUGACACGACCUCCGUCCUUCUUACCUUCUUUGUUAGGCUUUUAGCAAACAACAAAUCUAUCUACUCUACUAUUUUUCGAGAACAUCAAGAAAUUUCUAGUAAUAAAGCAUCUGAAGAGGCUUUAACAUGGGAAGACCUGACUAAGAUGAAGUACACGUGGAGAGUUGCAACUGAGAUACUACGGAUAAACCCUCCUGCGUCCUUAACCUUCCGACGAACUAAUCAAGAUAUUGAGUAUGGAGGAUUCAUAAUUCCAAAAGGAUGGCAAGUGUUGAUAGCAAUGUCCAUGACACACAUGGAUGAUAGUCUUUUCCAAAAUCCAACCAUGUUCGACCCUACUCGUUUUGAGAAACAUGUACCAUCACCACCACCUUUUAGUUAUGUGCCAUUUGGUGGUGGGCCGCGAAUGUGUCCUGGUAACGAGUUUGUAAAAACGGAAACUUUGGUCCUGAUUCAUCGUUUGGUGACAACAUUCACUUGGGAGCUACUUAAGAAAGACGAGUCCUUCAAGAGAGUUCCAAUGCCAGAAUUUGAUCAAGGGUUGUUAGUUAAGGUCAAACCGUUAAGUGAAACCACAUUGUCGUGUGAAGCAUGAUUGCUGUGAUAAUUUCUUUCAUCUUAAAAUAAAGAAAAUAUAUCUUUUGAA